CGCAACGAGAUUUUCCAGACGGUCAUUAAUCGUCUCCACGAUGUCGAGCAUGUCACUGGAUGCAUUCAAGUCUCCAAACGACAGGCGGCUGUACCGACUGACUGUCCUGCCCAACGGACUCCAGGUGCUGCUGAUCCAAUGUCAGUCUGGCGGGGACUUGUCCUUUGACGAUGGUUCAGUGAUCGGGGUCCAUGGCGCUGCACACGGCGCUGCAUGUGUCACCGUCGAAGUCGGCAGCUUUGCAGAUCCGCCUCAUCUACAAGGCUUGGCCCACUAUGUGGAGCACAUGCUGUUUUUGGGCAGCACAAAGUACCCCGAUGAAAACGAGUUUGAGGCGUACUUGAGCACGCAUGGCGGGUACACCAACGCCACAACAGACUGCGAAUCGACGUCGUUCGUGUUUGAAGUAAAUGCAGCGGGGUUCGAGCAUGCGCUCGACAUGUUUGCCAACUUUUUUGUCGCCCCGCUUCUCCAUGUCAACGCGAUGGAGCGGGAGCUGUGUGCCAUCGCCUCGGAGUUUCAGCUGGCAUCGCAGAACGAUCACGUUCGCAUGCAGCAAGUGCUAUGUUGGCUGUCACCACGUAGCCACCCGUACCACAACUUCAGCUGGGGAAAUCAACUGAGCCUUGGCCCACAACCUGGCAAGACGAGCAUGGCCGACACGAACACAGCCCUUCGCGAGUUCUUUGAGAAGUACUACACGGCCAACGCGAUGAAACUUGUGGUGUGUUCGACGCAAGACCUCGAUACCUUGGAAGCGUGGGCAGCGAACUCGUUUGGUGCUGUGCGGACGGGACGGGCUACUCCAUCCUACCGACAAGACGGAUCGCCCUUCCAUGCGAUUCAGUCCCAGCUCAUCAAGAUGAUUCCGCUCCGAGAUAUGCAUGCCAUGCACAUUUACUUUGCCUUGCCGCCGCUGCUGGGCCUUCACCGCCAGAAGCCAGCAGAGUACAUCCGGUACAUCGUCAGCAACGAGUGCAACGGGUCGCUCAUCUCGACGUUGACAAAGGUCGGGUGGGCGACAGCGAUUGUCGCGGGGGUGUCCGACACCGACGGCUACGAGUCUGGGUCGUACGGUUCCCAGUUCGAAGUUGAGCUCACGCUGAGCGACCAAGGGAUUGAGCACUGGGACGAGAUUGUCGAGCACGUGUUUGCGUGUGUAAACUUGCUCAAGCAGUGCCCCGACCUACCCGCGUGGGUCUUUGACGAGUUGAAGGCGUCGUCGGAGCUAGCGUUCUUGUACAACGAACCAGUCGAUCCCCUCGUGGCGUGCAAAGAGUUGUCCCGGCUAAUGCAAUCCCGAAACAGCGUCCCUCUCGACGACCUCCUCCGAACAAGUUUGUUUCAAGGCCCGUUCCAACCGGAUCUGGUGCGGCUGCUGCUGCCGGCGUUUUCGGUCAAGAGUCUUCGGGUGGUUCUCCUGUCGAGCUCGUUCGAGGAUGACAGAGACGUCAUGUGGACAAAGGAGCCAUGGUUUGGCACGCGCUAUACUUGCGAAACCAUCGACCCGCGCCUGGAAGACACGUGGAGUCAGUCGAAUCCCAUCCAUGCGCAAUGGCCAUGGCGAAAUCCAUACAUCCCGACGGAUUUCCGAUUGAUGAUGGCUCCAUCGACCACGGCAAUGGUGGUGCCGUAUCGAGUUCGCGGCCACGACGACUUGUGGGUCCUGCCUGACUUGACAUGUGGUAGUCCCCGCGUGAAUGCGUGCAUCCAUGUCGCGCUUCCGACGGUACACCGAUCGGUGGACGCUCUCGCCUGUGCCCUGAUGUACUGCGAAGUGGUCAAUCACGCCCUCCGGGAGCACCGAUACCUCGCCGAGUGCGCUGAAAUGGUCUUUGACUUGACUGUGCACGAUUUCGACUUGGAAGUGUUGUGUCGUGGGUACAGCCAGCACAUCGGGACUCUCUUGUCGAUGAUCUUUCAAACCCUCGCGGCUGGCACCGUCGACGUGACUCGAUUUGAUACGCUUCGUCGUGUAUUUGUGCAAAACCUGCACAACAAAGAUUUGGAGCCAAGCGAGAAGUCCCGGCACUUGCGCUUGCUUGUGCUCGACAGCACUGCAGUCGAGACACACGGCAUUUGCGCGGCAGUCGAAGCCAUGUCUGCCAGCACGCUCGCAUCGUUCGUCAAGUCAGACAUGUUUACCAACGCGCGCAUCACAGGAUUCUUCCAUGGCAAUGUCGACGACACGUGCGCUGAAGCGAUGUGGGCACUGGUGAAGCAGCACGUUGCAACCGCCACGGCGCGAAGUUCCGACGCGCCAAGCAUCCACACUCUGGACAAAAAGCCCCACGCACUGGUCCUUCCUACGUCACCGUUGGGGCGAGGUAUUCUCGUACGGCAGCCCAGCGAACACGUCGAGGAAGUCAACUCGUUCGUCGAAAUCUACUACCAACUCGGUGUGCGGGACAUCGCUUCGAACGCAUACGCCAACCUGAUCCAACACAUCAUGAACGAGCCCUUGUACUCUACCCUGCGGAGUCGCGAUCAAAUGGGAUAUGAUGUCGGGUGCUGCGUGCGCAACACGCACGGCGUGCUUGGGUUCAGUAUCUCGGUGCAAUCGUCGGCAUAUUCGGCCAGCGAGAUAGCUCUGCGCUUGGACAAGUUCGUCCAUGUGGACUUUCCAUACGUGUUAGAGAGCCUGGACGACGACACGUUUGAAGCACACGUCGCGGCGCGGAAAGCAGCGUGGCAUCAUGCGCACCGUGCCAAUCUCGACACGGCAACGUCCUUGUACUGGGACGAGAUCAUCUCGCAACGAUUCGAAUUCAACUCAAGGGACUUGUUUCUGGACGUGUUGUCGACCGUCACCAAGGCCGACUGCAUUGCACGAUACCACGAAUGGUUUGUCGUCGCAGCGACGAGGAAAAAGAUGCGCGUGCACGUCGUGGGGCAGAACCACCGUGCCACCCACAUACCAUUCGAGUCGAUUGUCGAGGAAGACGUGGCUCCCGCUGUUGUGACCGAUCUGGCCGAGUUUAAACGAUCUCGGCCUUCUAUCCACCGUGCUUGCGGGCCGACGUGGUCUGUAUAGCCAGGGGCUCCGCCUCGUCCUCCACGACCGAGUGUGUUUGCAAGAUGGACUUGUACGCACGAAUCGCAGCCUUCCCGCCGUUCAACACAAUAUCUUUUGUCUGCCAAACGCAAAUACAACUGGUUCAGCAAUAUGUGUGGCGGG